AUGACUCCGUAUGAAGCAGUUUUUGGUCAAAAACCACGAAUGGGACUGGCAACAAAAGUACCUCGAGAAUUAUUGGACAAUAUAAUGACAGGAACGCUAGAAGAGGAUAUGAUGGACAUGCUUUUUGAUCCACCUACUACAAUAUCUACUCAUACCAUUCCGGAAUAUCGGAACGAUGAAGUCGCGGAAGUACUCAAUAUUGAAACAAAUGAUUUAGAGGAUACGCAUGAAGAACUACUAGAAAUCAAUACUGCGUGCUCGCUACAUGUUACGCCCGAAAAUGGAGUACAGCAACUUGAUAAUUUGAUAAAGACCACACGAAACAUUUUGGAGAUUGAAAGUGACACCGACGAAAACACUGAAGAGGUAAUUUUCGAUCAUCCAGCUCUAACACGACGCAAAAUUGCAGCACAAAAUUUAAAAUCUCAAGCGGACAGGAUGGUAACCAGGGGAAAAGGCAUCCUCCCUCCCUUAAAAGUUGGUGACAAUGUUCUUGUGCCAAUUCCGUCGGUGGAUCGAGGGCGAGGAGAUGCAGCCAACCUUCUUUCAGUUAUAAUAGAAGAAAAUGAUGGCAAAUUUCGUAUUGCGACAAAAGAAGGGAUUCUGAGCACAUGGCUGGAGCGGAACAGUUUGGCUGCUACAAAGUACUGUUCCCUAACAACUGCAGACGUUCAAAAUUUAAAUGAAUAA